GCCAGCCAACAACAGUUUCCAGUGCCAUGGUUUGAGUAGGUGCACUCAGUUGUCCUCUUCAUGAACAAUGUGUGAAAACUGCGCCGAGCUGGUGGAGGUUUUAAAUGAAAUAUCGGAUGCAGACGGCAGCGAAGGCGGCUUCCAGCUGAAGAAGGAACAUGCCCUGCGAGUGCUGGGCUACAUCAGCUCCUGGACACAGAGGCAAUGUCUCUGCUGCUUCAAGGAGUACAAGCACCUGGAGGUUUUCAACCAACUGGUCUACGCCCUCAUUAACCUGGUCAUCGCCCAGAUCAGCAGCCUGAGAGACCGCCUCUGCAGCAUCCAAGAUCACACCCAUAAAGGAGGCAUAUCAGGGGGUGAGGGGGUGGGCUCUGAAUGGAGCGGGGGCGAAUCUGCACCCGGGCCCCUCCCACAGCCGUCCUCACCCGGGGAGGACGAACCCGUGAAUGUGGAGAGAGACUCUGCGGAAGAGGAUGCUGACACCCCCGACCUGAACCAGAAUAAGACCCAGGGCCAGGGUCAGGGGGCCAAUCAGCAGGGUGACGCCCAGAUGGAAGCACUGGGGCCCGGGGAGAGCGGCAGUGGGUCCGGGGGUGGUGAUAUUGGCGAUGGGGCCAGCAGCAGCAGUGACAGCCAGGACCCAUUCAGCUCCUGGAGCACAGAAGAGAGGGAGAAACUGCUGCUGUGUGCUGCCAAGAUCUUCCAGAUCCAGUUCCCCCUCUACACAGCCUACAAACACAACACACACCCCACCAUAGAGGACAUAUCCGCUCACGAAAGCAACAUCCUCGGCUCCUUCUGUGACAUGAAUGAUGUGGAGGUGCCCCUGCAUCUGCUGCGUUACGUCUGUCUGUUCUGUGGGAAGCACGGCCUCUCCCUGAUGAAGGAAUGCUUCGAGUCGGGAACUCCCGAGAGCCUCCCCUUCCCCAUCGCCCACGCCUUCAUCACCAUCGUCUCCAACAUCCGAAUAUGGUUGCACAUUCCUGCGGUCAUGCAGCACAUCAUACCGUUCCGCACCUACGUAAUACGGUAUUUGUGUAAGCUGUCGGACCAGGAGCUGCGGCAGAGCGCGGCGCGCAACAUGGCCGACCUGAUGUGGAGUACGGUGAAGGAGCCGCUGGACAGCGCGCUGUGCUUCGACAAGGAGAGCCUGGACCUCGCCUUCAAAUACUUCAUGUCUCCCACGCUCACCAUGAGGCUGGCCGGACUCAGCCAAAUCACUAAUCAGCUCCACACAUUCAACGACGUCUGCAACAACGAGUCCCUGGUGUCCGACACAGAAACGUCCAUAGCAAAGGAACUAGCUGAUUGGUUGAUCCACAACAAUGUAGUGGAACACAUAUUUGGACCGAAUUUGCACAUCGAGAUCAUUAAACAGUGCCAAGUGAUCCUGAAUUUCUUGGCUGCAGAGGGCCGACUCAGCACGCAGCAUGUGGACUGUAUCUGGGCUGCAGCCCAGCUGAAACACUGUAGCCGCUACAUCCACGACCUUUUCCCUUCGCUCAUUAAAAACCUGGACCCAGUGCCUCUCCGCCACGUCCUCAACCUGGUGUCUGGCCUGCACCCCAGCGCCCACACGGAGCAGACAUUGUACCUGGCCUCCAUGCUGAUCAAGGCUCUUUGGAACAACGCCCUGGCAGCGAAGGCCCAGCUCUCCAAACAAAGCUCCUUUGCCUCCCUGCUCAACACCAACAUCCCCAUGGGCAACAAGAAAGGUUCACCGGCCGCCAGUCCAGACAGCAGCGACAACAGCGACACUCAGCACAGCGGAGGCAGCGACAUGGAGAUGGACGACCAGAUAAUGACUGGCAGCAAGAGGAGCCAGCAGAGGCUGUCUGACACAGAGGAGUCGAUGCAGGGCAGCUCAGAUGAGACGGCUAACAGUGUGGAGGAGGGCAGCAGCGGGCCGGGCAGCAGCAGCGGCCGCAGCGAGGCCUCCAGCAACGAAGCCGCCUCCAGCCGAGCCAGCCAGUCAGCCGGGAGCCCCGGCAGCGAGAUGCACUCUGACGACAUGGCGGACAGCGAGGCCUUGAAGGAGGAGGAGGAGGAUGAUGAAGAGGAAGAUGAUGAGGAGGAUGAUGAUGAUGACGAAGACGACGAAGACGAGGGGAACCGGUCGGCUGCUGAAGGCGGUCAGCAGAAGGAGCCCCGGGAGCAGACGGAGUCUAGAAAAAGGAAGGCGGGGGAGGCGCUUGGCGAAGGGUCGAGUCAGGGGGCGGGGCCCAGCGGCACAGGGGGCGGGGCCAAAACCAAGGUCCUGCCCUUCAACUCAGACACUUCUGCUGUCAUGGUCACAGCAGCGUCAACAUCUUUAGAGGGCCGAAUGAGGAUGUUGGACGCCUGCUCAGCAUCAUCGUCUGCUCGGCCCGAGGGCACGGAGGCCCAGCAACAGCCGUCAGACAUGGGCCCCUCUCAGAUGGUCCACGGGCCUCAGGAGCCUCCCUGUCUGCCACGGCCCGGGGACUUCCUGGGAGAGGCCAUGAGCAGUGAGCUUUUUAACUGCCGGCGCUUCAUCGGUCCCCAGAACCACCACCAUCACCAUCAUCACCACCACCAUCAUGAAGGUCCCAUGGUGGAGGACAUGCUGAGUGCUGACGAUGUGAGCUGCAGCAGCUCCCAGGUCAGUGCCAAGUCGGAGAAGAACAUGGCUGACUUUGACGGGGAGGAGUCGGGCUGUGAGGAGGAGCUGGUCCAAAUCAAUUCCCACGCUGAGCUCAGCUCCCACCUCCAGCAGCACCUUCCCAACUUGGCCUCCAUCUACCAUGAGCACCUGGUCCAAGGUCCAGCUGUUCAUAAGCACCAGUACUCCAGCAGCCACGCUGUGACUGACAUCAACCUGGACAACGUUUGUAAGAAGGGCAACACUCUGUUGUGGGACCUGGUGCAGGACGAGGACGCGAUCCAUCUGUCUGAGGGGUUGAUUAAUGAAGCAGAGAAGCUGCUGUGCUCACUGGUCUGUUGGUUCACUGACCGACAGAUCCGAAUGCGCUUCAUCGAGGGUUGCCUUGACAACCUGGCCCACCACAGGUCCGUCGUGGUUUCCUUGCGUCUACUACCCAAGCUUUUUGGCACUUUUCAGCAGUUUGGCUCAAGCUACGACACUCACUGGAUCACCAUGUGGGCUGAGAAAGAGCUGCACAUGAUGAAACUGUUCUUCGACAACCUACAGCACUACAUCCACGAAGUCCGUGAACACCGGCACAAGUUUGCACUGUACAGCCACAGUGCAGAGGUCCAGGUCCGCCUCCAGUUCCUCACCUGUGUCUUCUCCACACUGGGAUCUCCAGACCACUUCAGACUGAGCCUGGAGCAGGUGGACAUCCUGUGGCACUGUCUGGUGGAGGACGCCGAGUGCUACGAUGACGCGCUGCACUGGUUCCUCAAUCAGGUCCGCAGCAAGGACCAGCAUGCUAUGGGCAUGGAGACCUACAAGCACCUCUUCCUGGAGAAGAUGCCUCAGCUGAAGCCAGAGACCAUCAGCAUGACAGGACUCAACCUCUUUCAACACCUCUGUAACCUGGCGCGCCUCGCCACCAGUGCACUGGACAACGCCUCCAGCUGUGAGCUGUGUGGGAUGGACCAGCUGUGGGGGAUCGCUCUAAGAGCCCAGUCUGCUGAUAUCAGCCGUGCCGCCAUCCAGUACAUCAACUCCUACUACAUCAACGCAGGAAAGACGGGGCUGGAGAAGGAGCAGGAGUUUAUCAGGAAGUGUAUGGAGAGUCUGCUGAUGGCUUCAGCUAACCUGGAGAAAGACGCUCACUCCAGCCUGACGAGCAUCGAGAGGGGGCUGCUCAUGCUCAAAACGCACCUGGAGGCCUUCAGACGCAGGUUUGCCUACCACCUGCGGCAGUGGCAGAUCGAGGGGACGGGCAUCAGCAGCCACCUGAAGGCUCUGAGCGACAAACAGUCUCUGCCGCUCAGGAUCGUCUGUCAGCCCGCUGGCCUGCCUGACAAGAUGACGAUAGAGAUGUACCCCAGCGACCAGGUUGCAGACCUGCGAGCUGAGGUGACCCACUGGUACGAGAAUCUGCAGAAGGAGCAGAUGAACCAGCAGGCUCAGCUGCAAGAGUUCGGCCAGAGCGGCCGGCAGGCGGGAGACUUCCCAGGUGGUUUGAUGGGACCUGUCAGGAUGAUCUCCUCCGGCCACGAACUGACCACCGACUACGAUGAGAAGACUCUGCAUGAGCUGGGCUUCAAAGACAUGCAGAUGGUGUUUGUGUCUCUUGGAGCUCCGCGGAGAGAGAGGAAGGGGGAGGGCAUCCAGCUGCCGGCCUCCUGUCUGCCGCCUCCACAGAAGGAGCACAUCCCCAUGUUGCUGCUCCUCCAGGAGCCUCACCUCACCACGCUGUUCGACCUUUUGGAGAUGCUGGCCUGCUUCAAGCCACCCAGUCCCAACACCGAAAAGGUCCAUGAGAGCCCCGAGAGCGCACGGUGUGAGGAGCUUCACCUCCACGCAGAGAAUCUGUCUCGUCGGGUUUGGGAGCUGCUGAUGCUUCUUCCCACUUGUCCCAAGAUGCUGCAGGCCUUCCAGAACAUCUCGGACGACACGAACGGGGAGGGCCUGUGCUGGAAGGAGCUGCUGAGGAUUAAAAGUCCCCACAAGCUGCUGUAUGCUCUGGAGAUCAUCGAGGCUCUGGGGAAACCCAACCGACGCAUCCACAGAGAGUCCACCGGCAGCUACAGUGAUCUGUAUCCAGACUCAGACGACUCCAGCGAGGAUCAGAUCGAAAACAGCAAGAACACCUGGAGCUGCAAGUUUGUUUCAUCUGGAGGUCUCCAACUGCUUCUGGAGAUCUUCAACUCGGGCAUCCUGGAGCCAAAAGACCAGGAGUCCUGGACUGUGUGGCUGCUGGACUGCCUGGCCUGCCUUCUGAAGCUGAUCUGCCAGUUUGCGGUGGACCCUGCGGACCUGGACCUGGCCUACCACGACGUCUUCUCCUGGUCUGGCCUCGCCGACAGUCAGCGAAAACGGGCAUGGCCGGGCAAAUCCCGCAAGUCCACCGUAGAUCAUGGGAAAGGCCUGCACAUCCCUCGGCUGACUGAGGUGUUCCUCAGCCUGGUCCAAGGCACCAAUCUCAUCCAGCGUUUGAUCAACGUGGCCUAUACCUACGACAACCUGGCACACAGAGUUCUUAAGGCUCAGUCCGACCACAGGUCCCGACAUGAAGUGACUCACUACUCCAUGUGGCUGCUGGUGAGCUGGGCUCACUGCUCCUCCACGGUGAAGUCCAGUCUGGCUGACAGCGACCACCUGCACGACUGGCUGAAGAAACUCACCCUGCUGGUGCCUGAGCCGGCAGUGAGACACGAGGCGUGCAACGGCCUCUACAAACUCUCUCUGUCGGGUUUGGAGGGAGGAGAGUCAAUCAACAGGUCCUUCCUGCUGCUCGCCGCCUCCACGCUGCUCAAGUUCCUGCCUGACGCACAGGCCCUCAAACCUCUGAGGGUGGAGGACUAUGAAGAGGAGCCUCUGUUAAGGACGGGCUGUAAGGAAUAUUUCUGGCUGCUCUGUAAACUCAUUGACAACAUCCACGUUAAAGACGCCAGCCAGAAGGUCUCUCCCUCUCUGUCGCUGGCCGGCUCGAUGCAGACCACCCUGCUGGACCUGGACGCUCUCGCUAGACAUCUUGCCGACUGCAUCAGGAGCCGUGAGAUCCUGGACCAGCAGGACGGGACGAUCGAGGACGACGGGCUGACCGGCCUCCUGCGUCUCGCCACCAGCGUCCUCAAACACAAGCCUCCCUUCAAGUUCUCCCGCGAGGGGCAGGAGUUCCUGCGUGACGUCCACAACCUCCUCUUCCUCCUGCCCAGCCUGGCCGACCGCGCUCAGCCCAAGUGCAAGUCCCACGCUGCCCGCGCCGCCGCCUACGACCUGCUGGUGGAGACGGUGAAGGGCUCGGUGGAGAACUACCGGCUCCUCCACAACUGGGUCAUGUCACAGCACAUGCAGGCCUCUCACGCCCCGUACAAGUGGGACUACUGGCCCCACGACGACGUCCGGGCCGAGUGUCGCUUUGUGGGUCUGACUAACCUGGGAGCAACCUGCUACCUGGCCUCCACCAUCCAGCAGCUCUACAUGAUCCCUGAGGCCCGCCAGGCCGUCUUCACUGCCAAGUACGCUGAGGACAUCAAACACAAGACCACACUGCUGGAGCUGCAGAAGAUGUUCACAUAUCUCAUGGAGAGUGAGAGGAAAGCGUAUAACCCCCGGCCCUUCUGUAAAACCUACACCAUGGACAAGCAGCCUCUCAACACCGGGGAGCAGAAGGACAUGACGGAGUUCUUCACCGACCUCAUCACCAAGAUAGAGGAGAUGUCCCAGGAGCUGAAAAACACAGUGAAGACUCUGUUUGGAGGCGUCAUCACCAACAACGUGGUCUCUCUGGACUGUGACCACGUCAGUCAGACGGCAGAGGAGUUUUACACAGUCAGAUGUCAAGUAGCAGAUAUGAAGAACAUCUAUGAAUCUCUGGAUGAGGUGACCAUCAAGGACACUCUGGAGGGCGAUAACAUGUACACCUGCUCGCAGUGUGGCAAGAAGGUCCGCGCAGAGAAAAGGGCCUGUUUCAAGAAGCUUCCUCGCAUCCUGAGCUUCAACACCAUGCGGUACACCUUCAACAUGGUGACGAUGAUGAAGGAGAAGGUCAACACCCACUUUUCCUUCCCGCUGCGGCUCGACAUGACGCCUUACACCGAGGACUUCCUCAUGGGAAAAGGAGAGCGGAAAGAGGGUUUUCGAGAAGAGGGCGAGGCAAAGGUCACGGAGAGCUAUGAGUACGACCUCAUCGGCGUCACGGUGCACACGGGCACGGCAGACGGCGGCCACUACUACAGCUUCAUCAGAGACAUCGUCAACCCGCACGCCUACAAGAACAACAAGUGGUACCUGUUCAACGACGCAGAGGUGAAGCCCUUCGACUCAGCCCAGCUGGCGUCAGAGUGCUUCGGAGGAGAGAUGACGACUAAAACCUACGACUCGGUCACGGACAAGUUCAUGGAUUUCUCUUUUGAGAAGACACACAGUGCCUACAUGCUCUUCUACAAGAGAGUGGAGCUGGAGGAGGAGAACGGGAAGGACUUCAGCUUUGACGUCUCCCCUGAUCUGCUUGAGUGGAUUUGGCACGACAACAUGCAGUUUCUCCAGGACAAGAACAUAUUUGAACACACCUACUUUGGUUUCAUGUGGCAGCUCUGCAGCAGCAUCCCCAGCACUCUACCAGACCCUAAAGCCGUCUCCCUCAUGACUGCCAAGCUCAGCACAUCAUUUGUUCUUGAGACUUUCAUUCACUCCAAGGAGAAGCCCACCAUGCUGCAGUGGAUCGAACUCCUGACCAAACAGUUCAACAACAGCCAGGCCGCCUGCGAGUGGUUUUUGGAUCGGAUGGCUGAUGACAACUGGUGGCCGAUGCAGAUCCUGAUUAAGUGCCCCAAUCAGAUUGUCAGACAAAUGUUCCAGAGGUUGUGUAUUCACGUCAUCCAGAGGCUGCGGCCGGUUCAUGCUCACCUCUACCUGCAGCCCGGCAUGGAGGAUGGCUCUGACGACAUGGACGGUCCGGUGGAGGACAUCGGCAGCCGGUCCUGCGUCACCCGCUUCGUUAAGACCCUCCUGUCCAUCAUGGAGCACGGCGUCAAGCCCCACAGCAAACACCUGACCGAGUACUUCGCUUUUCUCUACGAGUUCGCCAAGAUGGGAGAGGAGGAGAGUCAGUUCCUGUUGUCACUACAAGCUAUCUCCAUUAUGGUGCAUUUCUACAUGGGAACCAAAGGCCCGGAGAAUCCUCAGGUGGAGGUGUUGUCAGAGGAGGAGGGAGAAGAGGAGGACGAGGAGGAGGACAUCUUGUCACUGGCGGAGGAGAAAUAUCGUCCUGCAGCUCUGGAGAAGAUGAUCGCCCUCAUCGCACUGUUGGUGGAGCAGUCUCGAUCUGAGAGACAUCUGACUCUGUCCCAGAGCGAUAUGGCGGCGCUGACGGGAGGGAAAGGCUUUCCCUUCCUCUUCCAGCACAUCAGAGAUGGCAUCAACAUCAGACAGACCUGCAACCUCAUCUUCAGCCUCUGUCGCUAUAACAACCGCCUGGCCGAGCACAUUGUGUCGAUGCUCUUCACCUCCAUCGCGAAGCUGACUCCAGAGGCUGCCAAUCCCUUCUUCAAGCUGCUGACGAUGUUGAUGGAGUUUGCAGGCGGACCUCCGGGGAUGCCCUCCUUCGCUUCCUACAUCCUGCAGAGGAUCUGGGAGGUGAUCGAGUACAACCCAUCCCAGUGUCUGGACUGGCUGGCUGUCCAAACUCCCAGGAACAAACUGGCCCACAGCUGGGUCCUGCAGAACAUGGAGAACUGGGUGGAACGCUUUCUGCUGGCACACAACUACCCCCGAGUCCGCACAUCGGCGGCGUACCUCCUCGUCUCCCUCAUCCCCAGCAACUCCUUCCGCCAGAUGUUUCGCUCCACGCGCUCCCUUCACCUGCCGACCCGAGAGCUGCCUCUGUCGCCGGACACCACCGUGGUCCUCCACCAGGUCUACAACCUGCUGCUGGGGCUGCUGGGACGCGCCAAGCUUUACGUGGAUGCCAGCGUUCACGGCACCACCAAGCUGGUGCAGUACUUCAGCUUCAUGACUUACUGCCUCAUCUCCAAGACGGAGAAACUCAUGUUCUCCGGAUACUUUAUGGACCUCUGGAACCUCUUCCAGCCCAAGCUGUCGGAGCCGGCCAUCGCCACCAACCACAACAAGCAGGCGCUGCUGUCCUUCUGGUACAACGUGUGCGUGGACUGUCCGGAGAACGUUCGGCUGGUGGUGCAGAACCCGGUGGUGACCAAGAACAUCGCCUUCAACUACAUCCUGGCCGACCACGACGACCAGGAGGUGGUGCUCUUCAACCGCGGCAUGCUGCCCGCCUACUACGGCAUCCUGCGCAUGUGCUGCGAGCAGUCGCCCGCCUUCACCCGCCAGCUCGCCUCCCACCAGAACAUCCAGUGGGCCUUCAAGAACCUGACGCCACACGCCAGCCAGUACCCCGGGGCGGUCGAGGAGCUGUUCAACCUGAUGCAGCUGUUUGUGGCGCAGCGAGCUGACAUGAGAGAAGAAGAACUUGAGGACGUUAAACAGUUUAAGAAAACCACCAUUAGCUGCUACCUGCGCUGCCUGGACGGACGCUCCUGCUGGACCACGCUCAUCAGUGCCUUCAGAGUUCUGCUGGAGAACGACGAGGACCGACUGCUGGUGGUCUUCAACAGAGGACUCAUCCUCAUGACUGAAUCCUUCAACACCCUGCACAUGAUGUACCACGAGGCCACGGCGUGCCACGUCACCGGAGACCUGGUGGAGCUGCUCUCCAUCUUCCUGUCUGUCCUCAAAGCCACGCGGCCGUACCUGCAGCGCAAAGAUGUGAAGCAGGCUCUGAUCCAGUGGCAGGAGAGGAUCGACUUCGCCCACAAGCUGCUGACCCUCCUCAACUCCUACAGCCCGCCCGAGCUCCGCAACGCCUGCCUGGAUGUGCUGAAGGAACUCGUUCUGCUGAGUCCACACGACUUCCUGCACACUCUGGUUCCCUUCCUGCAGCACAACCACUGCACCUACCACCACAGCAACAUCCCCAUGUCGUUCGGACCCUACCUGCCCUGCAGAGAGAACAUCAAGCUGAUGGGAGCUAAAAACAACAUCCGGCCUCCGAGACCGGAGCUCAACAUGUGUCUCCUUCCCUCCAUGGUGGAGAGCAGCAAGGGUAAAGACGAGGUGUACGACCGGAUGCUGCUGGAUUACUUCUUGUCCUACCACCAGUUCAUCCACCUGCUGUGUCGCGUCGCCGUCAACUGCGAAAAAUUCACUGACACACUCGUCAAGCUCAGUGUGUUGAUAGCAUACGAAGGACUUCCUCUUCACCUCGCUCUCUUCCCCAAACUGUGGACGGAGCUCUGUCAGUCGCAGUCUGUUCUGGCGAAAACGUGCGUGAAGCUGCUGUGUGAGGAUCCGGCCUUCAGCGAGUACAUCAAGUGUAUCCUGAUGGACGAGAGGAUGUUUCUCAACAACAACGUGGCGUAUUCCUUCCUCACCUACUUCCUGCACAAGGUGCAGGUGCUGUCGGGUCCCAGCUGCUCCAACCUGAUCGGCGUUUUGGUGACGAACCUGCUGAGCGAGCAGAGCAGCCUGCAGCCUGAACUGGCAGCUCACCGCCUGGAGCUCAGCAAGACCAGCGGCCUGCUCAACGCCGACCUGAGGGCGCUGGUGUUGCUGCUGUCCGUCCAGCCGCCUCAGGCCGUCGACCCGGCCCUCUGCCCGGCCCUGCAGGAGCUGCUGGGCCGCUGUCGCGUGUGCGUCCAGCAGCGCAGCGCUCUGGAGCUGGAGGCCAAGGACCACAAGGCCAAAGGUACAAAACACACACACACACACACACACCAUGUAUGAAUUACAGCCUCCCUCGAAUGGCCAAUGGAAACCACUUUUCAAGGAGCCUCCCUGGUCUGAAAGCACCGGGGAGGUGCUGAAUACCUGCUGUCUGAGGUCUCGGCCCGUGCGGGGUUUGGUAGCCGUGGAAACCGGUCGGUUGCUAGUGUUGAAAUCAGUUCUUCUCCAGACCCUCGGUGUUUAUAUCCAGCUUUUACAGCAAAACGCUGGAGAGCUCAGUUCAGCCACUGCGAGGAGUUUCUAUCGUGCUCCUCUGAACCCAGAGAGCUGCAGUUUGUUCCUGCUUCGUUUUGAGCUGGAAGCAGAAAUCUCCGAAACAGAGGUUUAAAACCUGAGCAACCCAAACCGGGAGAUUUUGAGGAUGAAGGCCCACGUAGCUGCUCUGUAGAUUCUUACCUCAUCUCUAUUUUCAUGGAAUAAAUGAAGUAGUUGUUCAGAUUUCCUUCUUUCUGCUAAACCAGCACGGUUACACGCAGCGGAGGGGAUGUGGUUUUUGUGGUUUUCACAUAUAAAAAUCCCCAUCUAUAGUGUGUGACUCCGUUUAUGUGACUGGUAACUGUGUGUGUGUGUGUGUGUGUG